UCAUUUUUGACGUUGUUUUCUUUUGUCUUCCUUGUUUCGCCAAAAUUUCCUUCACACUCAUUUAAACGAAUAUUUCUUUUUGUGAUUUUAUUUCCUUUCCCGUCAUCUAACACCAGUAUGGCCAUUUUUUAAUUAUUUUAAAUAUGUGUUCAACUAAAUUGUUUAGCUAGUAAACAAUACUGUUAAACAAUGAGUCGGACAGAUCGAAGCGCACAAAAUGUUAGACGUCUACGAGAGGCCUUUAGGCAGGAAUACAUGACCAAUCCUGAUCUUUAUUAUGAAGAAGAUUACCAAAAGCUGGAAACAGAUGAUUGGUAUGUGAAACGGUUCUUUUUGGCUCGCAAUCGUAAUGAAACGGAAUCUCUUCGUAUGAUAGUUGAGACCAUGAAAUGGAGGAAAGAAAUUAAGAUCAGAGAAUUUCGUGAUUACCAUUUCCCGAUAGAGUUUUACAAGAUUGGUGCUUUGUUUAUCUACGAAUGUGAUCGAAAUGGUUUCCUCACUGUUUACUUAAGAGUCAAGAUGCAUCGCAAGAUUCCUGAGUUGGAUGAUCAUUCAAGGAAAUUUUUGAUUCACGUUCUAAAUAAAGCGGAUAUCAUGACCGGAGGAAAUGGUAUUGGUGUAAUUUUUGAUGUGACUGGAGCUGGUUAUCGUAAUUUAGACUGGGAUUAUCUAAAAUUCCUCAUCAAUUCUGGAUCAAAUUAUUUCCCAGUUGGUGUUAAGUAUAUUUUGGUUGUCAAUGUUCCUUGGGCAUUGAAUGCUUUCAGACGAGCCGCUCUUUCCUUCCUACCUGCUUCUUGGUUUGGUUUGAUCAAAUUUGCCAAUGGUGAGGAAAUUUUCAAUUUCAUUGACAAAGCCUCGGUGCCUGACUAUCUCGGUGGAACCUGUAAACGUAAUUAUAGAGCCAUUCCUCCUGGAUGUCGACCAGUUUCUGAGGUAGUUACUGAAUUCGGUUACUCUAAAGAAGACAUUGAUAGGAUUUUACCAGAAUUUGCUGAUGCAUUGGAAGAAGCUUCAAAAGCUUUGGAAACAGGCGACUAUAUUAAUCCAAGUUCAGACUUUUGGGACUCAUUGGAAGAGGAUAACGAUAUUAAAGAUGAAAAUAUAAAGGAAUCUGGAGCAAUAAAUUCACCAAUCAAAUGUAUUAUAGUCAACCCAUCAAAAAGUUUAGUGUUUAGAUAUGAUUACUGUGAUCGAGCUUAUGAAGCCACUUUAGUGAUGUCUAAUCCACUGCAAUCUCCUGUUGCCUUUAAAAUUCAGUCAACAAAUCCAUCAAAAUACACUGUCAGCCCAAGUCUGGGAAUCAUAUUACCAAAGAGAACAAUAACUGCAACAAUUAAAUUUAACCAAGACUCAGGAUCUGCAAAAAAGAAAGAUAAAUUUUUAAUACUCGGUUUACCAAUAGAGACAACAUGGUUAACAGUUGAAGAUUUUUAUGCCCUUUGGGUCCAGCACAAAGAUGAAAUUUAUUCACACAAAUUGCUACCUCUUUUGGAAGCUGAUCAUUGUCAUGAUGAAACCAAAAACGUGGAUAAUGAUUAUGGUAAUAAUAACAUGAUAAUAAGACGUAAAUUGAUGCACAAUGGGGAAACAAUUAUCAAUGGUGAUUCACCAAGGAGCAACAUCGAUGAACAUAACCAACAAAUCAGCCGGUUAACAGAAAGAAUCAACACGUUGGCCAAUCAACAGAAGAAGACAUGGAUUUUUCUCCUUAUCAUCAUUCUCCUUUAUCUUCUUGUUUUGUCUUACAUUUUGUUGUCUGAUUAUACAUUUGAUUCAGUUCAUUUAUUUCAAGAUUAUUUGUUUCAGUCCAUCAGUCCAUAAUUCAUCAGCAUCCGAUAAAUGUCCGAUUUUCGUAUGUCCGAUAAAUGUAUCAGAUAUUUCGUAUCAUGUUUUCGUUUGUUUAAAUCCUUAAUUUAUUGAAAUGUGAAGAUUGAUUUUGCA